CGGACGUGCAGAAGGUGCCAGUUUGACGUCGGCUCCAGAAUCUUGGGGAAGUCGCGGUCCAUCAACCGAGGUGCGACUUGCCAGACUCCAACCGCCACAGCCCAAACAUUCCCAAACACCUGGAGCCACUUUCACGAGCCCUUCCAUCCGGAUCCGAUCAACUUGCGGUCAACAUGUCACCGAGUGAGGCAGCAAUCAUCGUUGCCCGCUUCCUCAAGGCCAACAGCUACGAUGAGACUUUGGAUACAUUUAUCAGGGAAGCCGGCCUUCCUCCAAGUGCCGGAUCGACAAAUAGAGGCGACCUGACCAUCGAGAAAAUCUUAGAAGAGAAGCAGACCUUUGAUAUGAGUCUGCAGUUCGAAAGGCUUGGCACAGAUGAUGGCGCUCACGGUUGGAGCCAGCAUGCACCGGCCGUGCCAAAUGAAAUUUCUGGACCGACACGUUCCAACAUCCUUCACACCUCGCUGCCACUGGUAGCGAGCACCACUUCUAGCGAUGCAUCCGAACCGUUGUUGGUAGCUACGACCGCUGACCGCCGGCUUAAUGUCCACAAUCUGCCUGCAUGCACGCUCAAAGAUUCGCUAUUGGCUAUACACGACUCGCCGGUGCUCUCGACUGCUGUGUUGAAACAGACACAUCUGCUGACAGCAUCCAUGUCUGGCCAACUGGUGGUUUCUGAUCUGCAGGGCGUGGUCUUUGACAAGCGCCGUGACCAUGCCAAGUAUGUUGUGCAGAUCGUAACUCAUGAAUUGGAAGAUGUCACCUGGCUCGCGACCGCAGGCUGGGACGGCAAAGUCCAUCUGUACAGUAUUGACGUUGCUGCCACUAACCCCAAGUUGCCUGCUCCUGUUGCAUCUAUCUCGCUACCAACUAAUCCGGAAGCACUCCUCUUCAUCAAGCAUCCCGAUAAUGGAUCUCUGGUGCUCAUCAUCACGCGCCGAGAUUCGACACAUCUCUUUUACUACAGCGUUGACAGCGAGGCACGCCUUCUCGGCAAGCAAAAUCUUGCGCCACACAGUAAUGCCUGGAUUGCCUUCACUCCAUCAGCAAUCGCUCUGUGUCCAACAGACAGCACCUUGAUCGCAAUCGCCACCAGUGCCAUUCCGCACAUGAAAUUGCUGAUUGUACGAUUGAUGGUUCCCUCGAUGGACGGUGACGCCUCAAUUGCAUCCCUUGUUCCUGCCGAAGAGACGCAGGCCUCACAGGCACGAGCUGCAUUGGCGCUGCAAGACCGCGAAUCAGCCGCCAUCCUGAUUCAAUGCAACACCAUGGCGCCUCAGACAGCCUACAGCACUCCGGCACUCACAUGGCGUCCUGACGGCACAGGCGUCUGGGUCAACAGUGAUGACGGUGCAAUCCGUGGUAUCGAAGCCACCACUGGUAAGAUUAUCGCUACUCUCAAAGGCCACGAACCCGGUAGCAAAGUCAGAUGCCUCAGCGCUGCCUGUGUGAAAGCGGGUGACGUGAAGCAGGAAUGGUUGGUUAGUGGAGGGUUCGAUCACAAACUGAUCGUCUGGAAGCCCGAACCUGCAGAGUAAAUGUUGGGACGACAAUCACUCUCAAGUUACAGGAGCUGCAGCGAUUCGAACAUCGUUCGGAUUCAGUAUCCCUCGAUUGGAUGGAUGAAUGUCGUUGCGAUGCAAGGGAUCAUUUGACAUAUGCAAGCCAUACAAAGGCAGGGUCGCCUUAACAGCACAUGCAAUGAUCACAUCGCAUGGUACUUGACAUGACAGACAAGCCAGAUUUAGAUGUAUCAAGUACAAAAUCGUAUGUAUAGUCCUAAGUCAGGGCUUUCGGAGA